AUGGCGUUUUGGCGGCGCGCGGCGCUCGGCUCCGAGGCGGGCGACGAGGAGCUGGAGGAGGAGCUGGAGGACCUGCCCGCGGCGGAGAAGGCGGAGGACCCCCUCCACGGCGCGAGGAUCCGGCGCACCAUAGAUGGCCAGGUGUUCAACGGCGUCGUGGAGGAGAUCGAGGUCGGCAAGGUCUCGCGAGACCGGCUGUACCGCAUCAAGUACGAAGACGGCGACGGGGAGCACCUUACUGCGGAGAUGGUGGAGGAGUGGAAGGUCGCCGACGACCAGGAGGACGUCCGCAAGAAGCCGGCGAUGAAGAAGCCUGCCGCAGCCCAGGAACACCCUAAUAACGAUGAGGACGAGGAGAUGGGCGAGCCAGAGCCCGCACCCAAGGCCAAGGCGAAGGGCAAGGCCAAGGCCAAAGCCAAGGCCGUGGCCAAGGGCAAGGCCAAGGCCAAGGCAAAGCCCAAGGCGGUCGUGAAGAAGCCCGCGAAGAAGUGA